UUUAGUGCUUCACUAGCAAAACACUCUUUCCCUUUGUCUCUUCAUCCCAUUCCUUUCUUUUUGUCUAUCUCUUCUUCUUCUUCAUCACCUCUUAGUACAAUAAUAUAUUAUUCCAAAUUAACUCCAUAAUUCCCAGACAAAAGAAAAGAAGAGAAAUUAUCCAAUGUUGAUCAUUUUGCAGUUUUAUCUUUUGCUUUGGAAGCUGCUGUCUUAAAUUCAAAAGCUAAAGAAUCUCAAUUUUGGUAAUCUUCUUAAAAUUUCCAUCUUCACUCUUCUUCUCUAUACAAUCUUUUUUUACUUAGAAAAAAAAGAACAUUACUGAAUUGCUAGUAUAGUAACUAGCUAGCUUUAUUUUCAUGCCAUAUUGACUUCCAUUUUCCUUCUUCAUUUGCAGUUCUAAUUGUUUUCAACUAUUAUUGUCUUUUUCAAGAGAACAGUUUUGGAAGUGUUUGACCUUUUUCUCUCUUUCUUCUUCACUUUCAAGAAUACACUUCAUCUCUCUUUUCUUCUUUUCCAAAGUUAAAGACUAUUUUUAGUUGAAGAAAUUAACUACAUUUAAGAAACUAAAAAUUAACAUGAUCCUACUACUCCAAAAAACUUUCUUUAUUCUGCAUUUCCAUAAUAAAAUGGAGAAAAAUUAAUUCAGUUGAUGAUGCAUGCAAAAAGAAGAAGGGGAUAAUGGAGUUAAUAAUGCAUUAUUUCCUAGUUGUGUAGCUUCUUGUUUCAAAAAGUGUGUCCAAUUCACAAUUGUGAAGAUCUCCUAGGUUUGUGUUAUUUUUUUUAAUAUUUUUUUUCUAACUAUUCUUUAGCCUCAACUUUCAAUUUAAUCAUUUUCUAGCUAGCUUCUAAUUAAUAUAAGUUCCUAUCCUGUCCUUUACCCUUUUGGUCUACACAAAAAUAUUAAAAACAAGGAGUUAGUGGAAUUAAAGGUAUUUUGAAAGAGGUUAGAAAUGGAAAUUCCAAGUCAAGAAGAGGAAAUGCCAAUGCCAAUGCCAAUUAACAGCACAUAUGUUGGAGGAGGAGAAAGACAUGGUCAUGGCCACAUAAUACAUCAUGAUCCUACAACAGUACCCAACAAUACUAAUCACAUUAUACCUUCUUCUGUUGCAAAUUCCAUCAAUGGCCCUCCCAUUGAAGCAACACCAGUAUCAGCAGAUCAUCAUGUGCCUUACAAGAAGAUUGUCAGGUACAAAGAAUGCCUCAAGAACCAUGCAGCAGCAAUGGGUGGAAAUGCAACUGAUGGAUGUGGUGAGUUUAUGCCAAGUGGUGAAGAAGGUACAAUUGAAGCACUCAUUUGUUCAGCUUGCAAUUGUCAUAGAAAUUUCCACAGAAAAGAAAUAGAAGGUGAACAGCAACUUCUUCAACUACCACCACCUUCCUCUUGUGACUACUAUAAUCUCAACAGGGGAGGAAAAAAAGUUUAUUUAGGACACUCACACAACCAUCACAAAAGCCUUUUGGGACCUGAACAAUAUGGAACUGUAAUCCCUUCUAGAGCAACAGCACCACAUCAUCAUCAGAUGAUAAUGUCAUAUAAUAAUAUGGGGUCACUUCCUUCUGAGUCAGAAGAGCAUGAAGAUAUUAAUGGUGGUGGGGUUAUGACUAUGGCUAUGGCUAGGCCAUUACAUCAUCAUAAUCAAAUGGUCAAGAAAAGGUUUAGAACAAAGUUUACUCAAGAACAGAAGGAGAAAAUGUUCAAUUUUGCUGAGAAAGUUGGCUGGAAAAUACAAAAACAAGAGGAAACUGUGGUGCAACAAUUCUGUCAAGAACUUGGAAUUAAAAGAAGAGUACUUAAAGUUUGGAUGCACAACAAUAAGCACAAUCUUGCCAAGAAAAACUCCAGCAUUACCAUUCCUCAAAAUCAAGUUUAAUUAUCCAUUUUUUUUUUUUUGAUGUAACUCUUUUAUGUUUGAAUUUUAUAUUUAUGGGGUAUGGUCAUUUCUAGAAUUAGCAUAAUAUUUAAAAUAAUACUUACUUUGGUAUGUAAUAUAGUACUACUACUAGCUAGUGCAUGUGGUAAUUGGACUGGUGUAUCUUCUACUUAUUGGUUGGAUUUUGUUUCACUAAAUAAUAUCUCCAGUGCAGACUGGAUUUAUUUAUAUUUAUUUAUA